AUAAUAUUUGCCAAAUGAAUAUUGAAUCAAAUUUGGAAGUUCAAAAUAAUAUAAGUGGAUCAAAUGGACCAGAAAAUAUCGAACAAUUACCUCAACAACAAAAUGUACUAAAGGAAAUUAAUUUUAAUUAUUCCAAUGUAAUGCAUACUCACAAGAUUACUGAAAAUGAAGAUGAUUUAAUUUUCAAACAUUUGAGAAUUGGUACUGAUAAUAAUAGUUCUCAUUCAAGUAUUUCAAGUGAUGAAUUUUCUAAUAAAACAGAUAUUAUUAACGACAUCCGAUUAUGGGCUAUUGAAAAUCAUGUCAGUCAUUCUGCUACUAGUAGUUUACUGAAAAUUCUAGUAAAAUAUGGCCAUAAUCUUCCUCUUGAUGCUCGAACUCUGUUCCAAACUCCCAAGCAAGUAGACAUUAUUGAAAUGACACCAGGCAAAUAUUAUCAUGCAGGUUUAAGUGAUAGUUUAAGAAAAUCUAUUCGUAAGCAUUAUUGUCAAAGUAAUUUACCAUCUCAAAUAAAUAUUAAUGUGAAUAUAGAUGGUCUUCCUUUAACAAAAUCUUCUGGCAGUCAAUUUUGGCCUAUUUUAGGUAGUAUAGUUGCAGAUUUUUACACUGAACCGUUUAUAAUUGGUGUUUAUCAUGGUUUUCAAAAGCCAAAAUGUUGCAAUACUUUUCUGAAAUAUUUCAAGGAUGAUUGUCUUGAAAUUUUUCGAACUGGUAUUGUACAGUAUGGCAAAAAAAUAACUGUAAAAUUGAAUGCAUUUAUCUGCGAUGCUCCUGCAAAAUCAUUUAUCAAGGGAACUAGAGGACAUAAUGCGUAUUUUGGAUGCGGUAAUUGUAUUCAAGAGGGAGAUUACGUAGAAAAUCGAGUAACGUACCCAGAAAUUAAUGCAAUAUUAAGGUCAGAUGAAUCAUUUAAAUUAAAACAACAAGAAGAACACCAUAAAAUGACUUCAAAUCUUGAAGACUUAAACAUUGGAAUGGUUACUCAAUUUCCUUUAGACUACAUGCAUCUCGUACUAUUAGGAAUAAUGAAAAGAUUAUUGCAGUUUUGGAUUAAAGGCAAACAUAAUGUUCGUAUGGUUGCAACUCAGAUAACUCUUGCUUCAACUUCUUUAUUAUCUAUGUCAUCAUUCUUACCCAAAGAAUUUGCUAGAAAACCAAGGAAAUUAGAUGAGGUCGAUCGCUUUAAAGCCACCGAAUUAAGACAAUUAUUAUUAUAUACUGGGCCAGUAAUUUUUUUGAAAAAAUUACCACGCGAUAAAUAUGUUCAUUUUUUGAGUCUAAGUAUAGCAAUUCGAAUUUUAUGUAGCAAAAAAUAUUGCGUACAACUGCUUGAUUAUGCACACAAUUUACUAUUGUAUUUUGUUGAAAAUUAUGGCACAUUAUAUGGUUGUCAAUAUAUAUCAUAUAACGUUCAUAAUUUAAUUCAUCUGUGUUAUUAUGUAAAAUUAUGGGGAGUGUUAGAUGAAUUUAGCGCGUUUAAGUUCGAAAAUUACAUGCAAAAAAUUAAAUCAAAGAUAAGAUCUUCAAGUCAACCAUUAGAACAAUUAGCCAAUCGUUGUAUAGAAGAAGAUAAUUUGGAUAUAACAAAUGUAGAAAAGAUUUAUCCAAUAUCAAAAGUACGUAUUAUAAAUGGCAGAAAGAUAAUAAAAUCGGUUCAAUGCAAGGGUUUCUAUCUUAGUACAAGAACUGCUGAUAAUUGUUGUUCUUUAUUAGAUGGUACAACGGUUUCGCUUACGAAAAUUUAUUUUAAAAAUAAACAGAUUUAUGUUACUGCUAAAAAGUAUUUGAAUAUUAAAUCAUUUUUCCACAUUCCAUGCGACUCUUUCAAUAUCGGUAUUAAACAAAUUAACGAGUUACAAUAUGAGUUAAUUACUAUUCCAUUGUUUGAUAUUAAAUUAAAAUGCGUAAAAUUGCCUUUAUGUGACGAAGAAGCUGUAGUAUUGCCUUUACUACACCAACAAGAAAUAUGUUAAUGAUUAUUAAUAAUGGCGAAAAAUUUCGCUGUCGUUACUUUUCCAAGCGAUGGAAAUA